AUGUCUGGCAGAGGGAAAGGAGGCAAAGGAUUAGGCAAAGGCGGAGCAAAGCGGCACCGCAAAGUGCUUCGCGAUAACAUCCAGGGCAUCACCAAGCCAGCUAUCCGCCGCCUGGCUCGAGGUGGGGUCAAGCGGAUCUCUGGUCUGAUCUACGAGGAGACCCGCGGGGUGUUGAAGGUUUUCCUGGAGAAUGUGAUCAGGGACGCGGUCACCUACACCGAGCACGCCAAGCGCAAGACGGUCACUGCCAUGGAUGUGGUGUACGCUCUGAAACGACAGGGCCGCACUCUACGGGUUCGGCGGCUAAAUAACGACCCCCUUUAUUCCAACACAAAACAAAGGCUCUUCUAAGAGCCACCCA